AGGCCAAUUCGCACUACUGCUAUGCUGUCAGGGCUCUUCCCGCGCAACACGCGCUGCGCCGGUUUUCUGAGCAAAAAGAAGCGGCAUCAUAGAGUCUGCACAAGAGUAUAUGUUCUUGUUGUGGUAAUGCUGUGUUCGCUUUUCCCAGUAGUCCAUGCUGUAUGGGGAUGGUUGGCUGUAAAUGAUGACGAGAUUUUGUUUUGCAACCCUCCUGUCGGACUCAUACCAGAACUUAGUCGACCUGCGCUGGUUUUCAAUUAUAUUAUCAGUUCGUCAGUGGUCGCUUGUUAUGCUGCUAUUAUCGGACUAAUCCAUUUCAAAGUCUACUAUACUUCAAUAAAUUCGAGAUUUCUUGUUGAAUGA